AUGCAGUGCAAUACUACUCAUGGUAAUGCUAGUACUGCGGCUGGUCUCAUAUGUACGCAGGAUGAAACUAAGAAAGGAGGAAUGGAUAUGAGAUGCCAAAAUGAUUAUAACAAUGAAGACAGGAAGGAAGAGAUGGAGUUACCAAUAUUUGAUUUGACAACCAUAUCUAAUGCCAUUGAUAACUUUGCAAGCAGGAACAAGUUAGGAGAAGGUGGUUUUGGAUCUGUAUACAAGGGGACAUCGCUUGGGGGGAAAGAAAUAGUUGUAAAGAGACUUUCAAAGAAUUCUGGACAAGGAUUGAACGAUGGUUAUAUGCCUCCGGAGUAUGCUGGGUAUGAAUAUUUCUCAGUGAAAACUGAUUUUUUAGCUUUGGAGUCUUAUGGGAAUUCAUUGCCUAAUCCAGGGCAGCCAGGUUUUUAUAUAGAAAAGGCUCCACUUGCAGAAGAUUUUUCAUCAAGAAAGCUUGAAGCGUCUUCAACAAAUGAAAUCACCUUUACAUUGUUAGAAGCAAGGUAG